ACAUGUUCUCUUUGAGGCGUCGACUCGUUGCUGGCGGUGGCUGCGUGGUGACGCGCGCCGCGACUCUGAUCUAAGAUGAGGAGCGCAGGGGUGUUCGACGACAUCAUUAGAAGAGAGAGUUGUGCCCAGGCUGGGUUCCCUCACUGCACCUCUGCCGGGCUUAUCUCUUUGCCCUCUCCAUGCAGGCUCUCAUAUCGCGUUUCUCCUCCACCCUGUCUCACUGAGCGCAUCGAUACCACUUGCCCACAAUGAACGUCAUCCGUAAAGCCGUGCGGGCGAUGUUCCCUCCGCCUCGCGUGGCGCCUGAUGGUCGCGCGGAAUGGCCCUCUCGAACACCAUAUGUGCUUGCCUCCAUGGGCGGAGCGAUGGGAUUCGGAAAUUUGUUACGUUUCCCUUCCCAAGUCUUCAACAACAACGGGAUUCAAUGGUUCAUACCCUACCUCAUGGCUGUCUGCCUCCUCGCGAUCCCGGUGCUUAUCUUGGAAGUGGCUAUUGGACAGGCCUACCGCAGCGGCUGUGUCAUCGGUUACAACGGUCUUGAUCGACGCUUUACCGGCGUUGGAUUCGGAAUGGUCUGCGUUGGUUACGCUGUGGCCAUCUACUACAUUCCCAUUCUUUCCUGGGUAAUGGUGUACUUCCGCAGUUCAUUCCGGUCCGCAAACGACUUCCCCUGGAAAGACAACCCGCAGGAGUACUUCAGUCGUGUCGUCAAUGAAGUCCCUGCCAUUCCCGCAGUCUACAGCGAUGAUGGCAGUCGAGUCCUUCAAUAUGCCUCAUAUCCUGGUGUGAACCUCGAUGGCGAGCUCGUCGGCUGGGUACUCUUUUCUUGGUUCAUCGUUUGGAUCUGUCUGUACAAAGGCAUCGCCAUUACCGCUCGCGUCGUUUACAUUACGAUCGUCUUGCCCAUUAUCAUGACCGUCAUCCUUGUCGGCCGCGGUGCGUCUCUGCCCAACGCUGGCCGAGGUAUCAAACUAUACUUUGGGGAGUUCAACGCCGACCAGCUUGCGGCAGGCAAGAUUUGGCAAGCUGCAACUAGUCAGGUCUUCUACUCUACCGGUGUCGGUUUUGGCUACUACUCUGCCUACGCCUCGUACAACUCCAAGUUCUCCGAUGCUGUUCAAGAUGCCAUGAUGAUUUGCAGUGCGAAUGCGCUAUUUGAGUCGUUCGCGGCCUUUGCUGUCUUCGGAGUUGUCGGCUACUUGGGCCUGCAGCCUGGUGUUGGUGAUCCGGUCGGAACAUAUACGCUUGGCUUCUACACCCUUCCCAGCGCCAUCCAGGAAAUGCCUGGUGCUCCAUUCUGGUCUGUUCUGUUCUUUCUGACUCUAUUCCUACUCGGCAUCAGUUCCUCGUACGCGCUGCUCGAUGCUAUGAUCACUACCAUCUGCGAUACUCAUUGGGGAAGGAAGUACAAGCAUUCGACCAUCGCCACGAUCAUUACCAUCAUCUCAGCCCUGGUGUCAUUGUUCUACUCAACAGGAUUCGGUUACGAAGCUACCAACGCUGUCGACGCACAGAUCAGCAACAUUUCACUCAUCUUCGUCGUAUGGGCUGAGUGCGUAUGCGCUACUUCGUUCUACCGCUUCGUCGACGUUAUCGGUCAGGUUGGCGCACCAUCCUUCUGGUUGUAUCAAUGUUCAUACAUUGGCGCCCAAAUUAUCGGCAAUGCUAUUGCACAUGGGGUUUCCGACAAGAUCGGUGCUGGUGUUGGUUUUGGUGUUUAUAUCAUUGGCACAGUCAUUGCUAUCCUCAUCGCCAAAGACCCUACAGUCCCAGCUCCCAGGUUCUGGGGCCGUAACAAGAUCUUGAACCGCGUUUGGUGGGUUGGUCUAUACUCAGGACACCAACUUGCGCGCGACCUCAACUACGUUGUUUGUGUCGGCAAGCAGUGGCGACUACCCGUCUUCUGGGCUCCCAUCCUUCGAUACUUCGCCGCUCCUGUGCUCUCGAUCAUCUUCUGCUUUGCCUACCCCACAUUCUACGCCAUACGCGGCGACCCCCUACAGAUCUUCGGUUUCAUGGUUGCUCAUCUCAUCGUCUUAGUCGUCCUUGUCGGCUUCAUCAUACCCAAGAGCCUCAACAUCUUUGUGCCUCCAGAACGUCGCGACGAAGGAAACCGACAAUACGCGCCGCAGACCGUACUCGGAAAGGACGACACAAACAUUGUGGGUGGUGUUGCGCCCGGGCAGGAGUACGAAGCCGGCCUACCGCCACCGCCAGCUUAUGACGCUGAAAAGGUGGAGGAUAAGAAGUGAGUGGCAUGUGCAACGACAUCCGAUACUGGCGGAUGUGCGUAUGAGUGAUUCGGCCCAUUGCAACGUUUUCCUACGCGACAAACCCAGAUCUGACAGCCCAUAUACAUUGAUCUCAAGAUCACCUCCAUUGCGCCAGAUUCGCCCAUUGCACUUUCGUUUUCUGGUAUCGCCUUCUUUCGCCCAUAAAGCUCGCAAGUUCUCAUAUCUCAGGCCCAGUCAAAAGCCUGGCUGACUGAGUUAUUCACAUAUACAUCGCGAAAUUUCAAUGAUACAACCCAUGCAUCCAACUGUGCCUAUACAGCCGUUAUGCUACUGUGCACUGUUCCCAGUCGGUUGAUUGUUAUGAUGCCGAUUAUCCGAAACAUUAUGGCUUCUACUUCCGGUGUAUCCCAUCGAUCGGGAUUCUGCUGGCAUGA